UCUGUUACAGCAUAUACUGCUCCACAACUCUGAGAGGAUGUUCCCCUACUUGUGAGCAAUGUGAUGUUAUGCAAGUGAGACUUCGGAUUUGAUUUUUAAAGAAUACAUGGAUACAGCACCUUUUAUUUAUUUAUUUUUUUGACAUUUAUUAGUUUUUAUUUUCACUCUUACGGAAGUAUAAUAUGGACAUACACAAUGAUUUAUUUUAUCUAUUCAUGUUCCUCUUAAAGACUGAGUGGCAGCUGCUAUCAAAUCAACAAAGGAAAUCCCAAAUUGGAAAAAAAAUUACGGCGAUGAUGAGCAAUUUCAGUUGUCCUACACUUGGAUGUAGCACAUGUGUGUAGUACCACAACCACAGACGAAAGCUUGAGAACACAACGUUGUUUUGGUGUGUAUACGAAUGCAUCCAAAUGUGUGUAUGAGUAGUAAUACAUUGUUACUUUGCCUCGUGCAUGUGCACGUGUAUGUGUUGUAAUAAUGUAAUUAAUAUACAUCAUUAAUUAUCAUUUCAUUGUUUGUUAACGCUAAAAUAACUAUUAACUAAUUUAAUUAUUUUAAAUUUAAGAUUUAUUAAUGAUGGUUAUUAUAAAGUGUUGCCGGAGAUCUUAUAUUAAUAAAUUGUUAUGUAAUGAUUAGUUCAUGAAUAUCAUGAAAGUGGUCAAAGCAGUCAGUAUGGUCGAUUUACAUAUUUGUGAACUAAUCAUUACUUAAUAAUUAAUUAAUAGAGGAUCUCCCACUCUAUUGUCUAGUAGCUCAUCAUUAGCUAAUAUAUAGUCCUCCAUAGGUAUUUAAGAAGUAUUUAUUAAUGAUUCAUCAAUUAUCAAGUCAUUCUUUAUUUGUUCCUCACUCGUUUCUCAAAUCAAUAAUCAUUACCUAAUCAUUAGCUACUCUAUAUCAUUUGAUUAGGAGUUACUGGUGAACUAAUGGCUCACUAGCAGUUAGUUCCUCAUUUGUUCCCUGGUAACUACUCACAUUUUCGUGCACAGUAUUGUAAAGUGUUACCCAAUGUAUUACUACUACUUGAAUGUAUGUAUGUAUGCUAUAUUUCACUCAGCUGGUUUGUGUUCACCAGAAUGUGAAUGUCCCACUGAGCCUCACGUCCAGACAAACAGGUCUUUGACUGAGGAAGAAGGGAGCUUUGUCAGACACAAGCGUUGGGACUGUUCCUCACAGCGCCAGUGUGUGUGUUUGUUGUGCAUGUGUGUGAGAAAGAGAUUAUGUGUGUCUCUUUGAGAGACAGUGAGUAUGUCUGUGAGGAAGAGAAUGUGUGUGUGUGUGUGUGUGUGUGUGUAUAUGUGUGUGAGUGUGUGAGUGAGUGAGUGUGCGUGUGUGAGUGUGUGAGUGUGUGUGUAAGAGAGACAUUGACUUAGAAAGGGAAAACGGGACAAGUGUAUGGUAUUUCUGUCUGCACGUCAGUCUGAUAUCAACAGACAGGGAGUGUGUGUGCACGUGCAUUCUGUAUGUGUGCACAAUUGUGUGUGUGUGCGCGCGUUUCGUGUUGAUUUUUUUUGCUGUUGUUUGUUAAAAAUCGAAGCAAAGCAGCUCGCACACGGGACAGCACCUCGCACAGCUCCAUUUCAUACGUGCUUCUCCCUUUAAGGCCACACUGAGCUGCUGAAGGAGCUGGUCUCUUCCUUCCUUCCUCCUCCUCCUCUCCCCUCCCUUCACUCAUCCAUCCAUCCAUCCGUCCACCUCCACCCCCUCACCUCUCCUCUCCUCUCCUCUCCACACACGCACACCGACUUGCGCAUCGCCUCCUCCGGCACAAUGACCAACGAUUCCCCGGAGGAGGAGACCCGAGCUCCGGGAGGAGGAGGAGGAGUAGGAGGUGGAAAAGGAAUCACACGAAGGAACCGAGCGGACGACAAUGUCACCAUCCUGACAUCCUCCAUGGAUUUACAGAGAGCCGGCCGGAGCCGAGCCAGCAGCAGCACCGAUGCCGCCCCGCCGAGCAUCACGUCCUCCGUGGACCUGAGCAGCUCCUCCCUGGAGCUGAGCAUCCAGACGCGGAUCUUUAAGAUCAUCGUCAUCGGGGACUCCAACGUGGGGAAGACCUGCCUCACCUUCCGCUUCACCGGGGGGAGCUUCCCCGACAAGACCGAGGCCACCAUCGGCGUGGAUUUCAGGGAGAAGGCGGUGGAGAUUGAAGGGGAGACUAUCAAGGUGCAGGUAUGGGACACAGCAGGCCAGGAGCGCUUUCGUAAAUCCAUGGUGGAACACUACUACCGCAAUGUCCACGCAGUGGUCUUCGUGUACGACGUCACCAAGAUGACUUCCUUCCGCAACCUACAGACAUGGAUAGAGGAGUGCAAUGGCCAUCGGGUCUCAGCAUCAGUACCUCGAGUCCUGGUGGGAAACAAGUGUGACCUCGUGGACCAAAUACAGGUGCCAUCCAACACGGCGUUGAAGUUUGCCGACUCCUACAACAUGCUGCUGUUUGAGACGUCGGCAAAGGACCCGAGGGAGAGCCAGAACGUCGACUCCAUCUUCAUGUCGCUGGCCUGCCGUCUAAAGGCCCAGAAAUCCCUGCUCUACAGAGACGUGGAGAGAGAGGACGGGAGGGUCCGACUCACACAAGAGACUGAAACAAAGAGCAAUUGUCCUUGUUGAGGAAAAGGAGGAGUGGGAGGCAUAAUGGAAGGGGAAGAGAGAAGAGUAGCUGUACAUGUCGAGGAAGAGGAGGCGAAGGGUGAUGGGAGAGUGAGUCUAGUAUCUUUUAAAUUAAGUGCAACUUUUCUGGUUUAGGAGGAGGAUGGGGGGGUGAGGCUGACACUAUAAGAGCAAUGUGUUUCAAGGUAGAGGAGGAUGGGGUGGAAGUGGUAACGCUUGUGCAUCUUGAGGAUGGGGAGAGGGAAGGAGAGAGGGUGGUGAAGUUGAGACAAUGUUGCCUUUUAGACUAGGAAUUCUUCCAUUUAUUCAGACAUACACAGAAACUGAGUAAAUAUACUUUCAGCAUGCCCAGUGCACAGGCAAACACAACACAAGUGAUGAGUCAUUUGUGGAUCUACAACAAACAGUCUUGAUGCAAGGCUGCUGUUCCUAAACCAGCCCUGGUUUGGUGUUUUAGACAGUCAUUACUAACAGCAACAUUCUGUGGUAACACAGUCUUAUUUUUGCAGCCUUGAUUUUCUUCCACAUCCUAGCUGAAAGCAGCAUUUCACAACCUAUUCUACUGCCUUAAAAAGCUGCCUCUGUCUUGGUUUGACAGUAAGAACUCAGACAGGCAAAAGUAGCAUAGAGGUUUCGAGUAUUUUAACCACUCGAUAUGGUUUAUACAAUCAACCAAACACUGACAGCCUCUUACUGUAUGUGGAAAUAUAAGCUAUUUUAAAGGAUGAAUGAGACUCUUUGUUUGUCUCAGAAUUUUAACGUACCUGAUAUCUAUCUGGGUCAAUCCUUCACAAGCAGGACAGUUGACAUAAAAUCACUGUGAGAUUACAAAUACAGGGGGGAGAUGGGAAAACACUUCCCAUAGCGAGCGUUCCCAGGUCAGACGAGAUAUAUAAUCUCUCCAGUGUUUUCUGGGUCUACCUUGGGGCCUCUUACCAGUUGGACGUGCCCGGAAAACCUCCAAAGGGGGGCGUCCAGGAGGAUCCUGAUCAGAUGCCCAAACCACCUCACUGGCCCCUUUAGAGGGGAAGGAGCAGCGUCUCUACUCCGAGCUGCCUCCGGAUGUCUGAGCUCCUCACCCUAUCUCUAAGGCUGAGCCACCCUACAAGGAAACUCAUUUCGGCUUGUAUCCGCGAUAUCAUUCUUUCGUCCACUACCCAAAGCUCACGACCAUAGAUGAGGAUUGGAACGUAGAUGGACUGGUAAAUUCAAGUGCUUUGCCUUCCUGCUCAGCUCCCUCUUCGCCACAGUGGUCCGGUAUAACUGCAGACACAGCACCGAACCGCAGGUCCAUCCCCUGCUCCAUUUUACCCUCACUCGUGAACAGAGACCCCAAGAUACUUAUACUCCCUCGCUGGGGGCAGUGACUCAGUCCCAAUCCGGAGGACGCAAUCAAGGAUUUUCCAGCAGAGAACCAUGACCGCUUCACACUCAGCUGCAAACCGCCCCAGUGCUGCUGAAGGUCACGGCCUGAUGAAGCCAACAGAACCACAUCAUCUGCAAAGAGGGCCCCAAACCGGACAUUCUCCACUCCCCAACUGCGCCUUGAGAUCCUGUCCGUGAAAAUCACAAACAGGAUCGGUGACAAGGGACAGCCCUGGUGGAGGCCAACACCCACUGGAAACGUGUUUGACUUUGUGCCGAGUAUACGGACACAGCUCUCACUUUGGUUAUAAAAGGACCGGAUGGCUCGUAACAACGACCCCGGUACCCCAUAUUCACCUAUAUACACACAUAUAUAAAAAAGUCCAAGUGAGUUGAAAGAACCUAUGUAGGAAGACAACAAGGUUUCCUAAAAGCGGAGUAUCCAGAGAUUGUCAGGCAGCAUGUCACAUAUUGAUUUAGAGGCUGUAAGAUCCUCUUACCCUUAUGCAGGAGAAAUGCACUCUCCUACAAGAAGGGCCGUCAAGCAGGGCUGGACUGGCCAUCUGGCAUACCGGGCAUUUUCCCGGUGGGCUGACGUCCUUUUGGGACGACAUAUGUCUUUCUUCUUUUUUUUUGGACCAUAAAACAGGUAAAUCGGCCCAUUUCUUUUCCAUAAUUGACACUGGGCAGGCCCAAUGGCUCUGUGCCGGGCGGCCACAGUGAGGAGGAGGGAUAGAGAGAUGAGGGAGGGAGUGCAGAGUUUGCGGUAAGCAGUUAUGGGCUGCCUGGCUCAACAUUUGUCAUGAGAGAUGAGCAGUGCUCGAAGUGGACCAGUACGUAGUGGUACGCAGUAUUUUACUCAUUUUACUCCUUGGCGUACCGUGACUUUUUCAUGCGUACCGGAGUUUCUCACAAGUUGCCGGUACUCUCCUCUGCCCUCUCCAUAUCAGGUUCUCUGGGAGAUUCCUAAUGGUGAUACAUAACGGCGCAGAGUAUUUGCGCCGCGUGGGUUCGCGUAGGGAACGGAAGCGACGCGCUAUUAAUCACCGCACGAGCUCGGCCAAAAUGCCAGGGCCGAUCUUUUGUCCCAGUCCAGCCUUGUCGUCAAGGCGAGGCUCCUAUUUAUCAUCUAAUCCUGAUGUAAACAUAUCCCCUCUAUGCUUACCCUCUGCCACAGUGGCUUAUCCAACUUUUCCUUUGUGUACAAAUGCAAAAACACCCAGUGUGUGACUUCGAGAUAGCCAGUCAGCCACAACAAUUCCAUGUUCUGUAAUGAACAUUUUCCAAAUAAAGGCCUGUCUGUCUGUCUGUCUUAGAUGAUGUGCUCUGCACAUCAGUAUCACUGCCUCCAGUCUCAGAGAGAACAGGAAACAUGAUAGAAAACUGUGACCCCUCUAUAGAUACUGGAUAUAUUUAUACUGCUUUGGUAUGAAUGGACUUAAAAGCCUGGUGUCUGUCUAAGAGAAGAGUCCAGGCUGCAUGAAACACUGUGGAAAGCCAUAUUUAUUAUUUACUGUAUGCAGUGUACUUUACAUUAAAAUAGCUCUCAGCUGGGUUGGGGACGGAAGAAAAAACUGUACAUAACUCAAUGUUGGAGCUCCUCUGUAAUAAGGCAUCAAUCCACACGCCUCACUGUGAUGCUGUAACUUUGAUAUAGCAGCACACUCACCAUAUCUCCCCUAAUUGUAACACUGUAGCCUACUUUUGCAAUUCUAUAAAUAUACUUGGAUGCCAUAGGUGAAAAAAAAAAAAUCUGAUCAGUGAGCAAUUUAGACUGGUAUUCCCUCCAAGCUGACAGUCUGAUGACCUAAUUAAUUCGUCCCAUUGAGCCAUUUA